CAUCGCAUUAUAUUGACUGUCACAACGAAUAUUCGUCUGGCUCUGGCUAAGUCGUCUAUUUUGGGAUUAUUGGAAUGGAUGGAGUUUCUCCCCAACAGAUUUGGGUUUUGAUCGCGAAUCAAGAAUGAAUGAAUGGGACUUCAACUUGAGCUAAGAAUCAAUAUAUCAAGGAGAUCAUUAAAGUAACAUGGAGGCAAAAGAUACUCUAAAAUGGUCCAUCCUCGGAUUUUUCAUCCUCUUCUUUUUGACUGGCCUCUCUCUGAUCAUUUUUGCUGUCACCUAACCAACACCAUUCGGAGAUUAUCUAACGAUGAAAGCCGCUGCGUUCCCGGUGAAUUAUGGACUCAGAAUUGGCCUGCUAGUAUUCUUACUUUUCAUUUCUGGGCUGUUUAUCUUUGCAGUAGUUAAAGAAAAUAACAGACUUCUAACAUUACUGGCCAUCAUGUUUAUCAUUUUGUUUCUCGUCGAGUUCAUCAUGGGGAUAGUGUAUUUUACGUUGAAGAGUGAAAUUAUUGUCGGUAAAAAGAAAUUAAGCAACGGUCAGCAAAUGCUGGCCCAGUAUGGAAGUGACGAGAAAGUCACCCAAGCCUUCGAUCAAAUCCAGCGGACUUACGCCUGCUGUGGAAUUGUUGACUAUCGUGAUUGGUUUACUUCAAAAUGGGCAGCAGCUCAGGGGGUGAACAACAGGGUACCAACGUCAUGCUGUAAGUUCCCGACAACCACUUGAGGCAAUGAUUUGGACUUAAAGAACCCCAUGGAUUUCAUCAAUAUAUUAGGAUGUACGGGACUAAAUUUCGCCUACGAUGACAAACUCAAAGUAGUGGGAGGGGUAGGUUUAGCUCUCGGUUUUCUGAACUUGUUCGCCCUACUAUGCUGCAUCAUAUUCUGCUUCUGUUUCAAUGCCGCACGGGGACUCAGUCCUAAGGACGCUCUAAAUGGAGAGGAGCCAGAUGAUCAGCUGUCGUCGAGCUCAUCGAAUAAGGGCCGUCGACGUUCCUCUGCUCCCAGCACAUCAGGAUCCUUACGGCGCCAACCCUCUAAGAAGGCUUUGCGUGCAUCAAGGGAGGACCUAAAUAAAGACGAGAAUGAUGAUGACCUUCCCUCUUACUCUAAUAAGGAUUUACUCGACAAAUCUGAAGGAUAGUCAGGAAUCAUUGCCUCCUACCCCUCGGGGGAAAGUUUACCAGAGGAUCAACUCGAGCUUAGGUUUCUCCCAACAGCUUUUGUACAAUCCUUUCUUGGUUUCUUGACAGGAGGGGGUCAUGUAUGUUACAAAUGUUUCUCACUCAUGUGAAAACAAUUUCGGACGAGUAUCCUGAUUUAUACUAUACCUGAAAUGUCCGUAAGUAAAGAGGCCAGCGUGGGAUUGGAAGGAGGGGCUCCCCUCUUUUUUGUCCCACCUAGGGAUCCAGCAUACGCAGGCUUUUGCGCAGAAACUAUUUCAGCGUGACCAGUAUCUACACUGUAUUUUUACAAAUAAAACAUGCUGAGGGAAGAAAAAGCUUGUUGAAAGAGCACUUCAAAAGUGAAACCAGACUUUUCUCCUUCAAAGGGAUGUUUCGUUUAUUCAGCUAGUGCCCCACUCAAUUUUUCUUCUCUCCGUUUACUAGAUAUUUCCACAGCCAUUAAUACUUUGAGCUGUUCUUCCUCUUUCACUGACUGUUCCCCUUCCCUCGAGGUUCACGGGGCCAUUUACAUUUUAUUUGAACUGUAAUA